AUGGUUUUUGCCAUCAACGAGAUUAAUAACAAUCCCAACCUGCUGCCUAACAUCACACUUGGUUACCAGAUCUACGACAACUGUUUAAGGCUUGGAGUGGCAUUCCGUGGUGCCACAGCUCUGGUUAGUGGGACAGAGGAGACCUUCUCUGACCUCAACUGCAAUGGCCCACCACCGAUUAGCUACUAUGCCACCUGCUCCUGUUUGAGUGACAGGAAAAAGUACCCCUCUUUUUUCCGAACAAUCCCCAGUGAUGCCUUCCAGGUGCGGGCUAUGGUUCAGAUUUUGAGACAUUUUGGAUGGACCUGGGUUGGUCUUCUCUACAGUGAUAAUGACUACGGUAUCUACGCUGCUCAGUCCUUCCAGCAGGAAAUGCAGCGGUUUGGACAUUGUGUUGCUUUUUCUGAAAUACUGCCCCAUGUUAAUAACCCCAGAGAUAUCCAACGUAUAAUGGGAGUGAUUCACGCCUCUACAGCUAGAGUGGUGGUUGUUUUUUCUGCUUCAUCCUUACUGAUACCUUUGAUGGACGAAGCUUUAUUGCAGAACAUGACAAGCAGGCAAUGGUUUGCAAGUGAAGCUUGGGCCACUUCACCUGUGUUUCGCACACCACGUUUCCUGCCCUUCCUGGGGGGCACACUGGGCAUUGCCAUCAGACGUGGGGAGAUUAAGGGGCUUCAUGACUUUCUGUUACAUCUUCGUCCCAACAAUGAUCAAAGAAAUAAUAUAGUGAGGGUCUUCUGGGAGAACAUGUUUGGGUGCAGUUUUGAAACUGGGGAUAAAGAGACAGAAGGAGAGCAAGUGAAAAAGGUCUGUACAGGACAGGAGGAUCUGAGUACCACAAACUCACCAUACACUGAUGUUUCAGGGUUGAGAGCAUCUUAUAAUGUGUAUAAAGCAGUUUAUGCCCUGGCACAUGCACUUCAUGACCUGAUGCAGUGUGAAGAUGGCAGAGGACCAUUCAGUGGGAACAGUUGUGCUGACACAAAUCUGAAACCCUGGCAGGUAAGACCCAUAGAUAUAGUGCAUAUUUUCUCCAGACAUAUAGAUGAGCUGAAUGUGGAAAAGCAAAAUAUGUGCUCUAUAUUAAUUCAAAUUUCAGAUAAAAAUAUAACACCUGUCCUAUAUACAAACUGUACAGCUGGUUCACUACCUACAAAAAGUGAACUUCACCACAGGCUUUGGGGAUCAUGUGUCAUUUGAUAAAAAUGGAGAUGCUCUGGCCAUCUAUGAUGUGUUGAACUGGCAGCCGAGCUCUGAUGGGUCAAUAAGGCUCCACAAGGUCGGUGUAGUAAAUGAAGGGGCAACAUCAGGGAUGAUGCUUACACUGGAUGAGGAUGCAUUUUACUGGAACUCUGAGACAAAAAAAGUAAUUAACUUUGAAUGUUAAAUGUCAUAAUUUUUGCAGAUAUAAAGUCUAAAUACUAUUCAAAGCUAAGAUGAGACAAAUGAGAAUAAAAUAAUGUAAAAGCCAAGCUUGUUAUUAUGUAAAAGUGAUGACAAACACGAUGGAUAACAGAUGAUGACUCUUUUAGCCCCCACAGUCUGUGUGCAGUGAGAGCUGCCCCCCAGGAACCAGACGAGCCACGAGGAAGGGCCAUCCUGUCUGCUGUUUUGACUGUCUGCCAUGUGGAGAUGGAGAGA